ACCCUCCUGCCCAGGGCGGCUGCGGGGCCGCCAGGGCCGGGCGCGGCCCCGCUGUGUGACCCCAGCGCAGGGGCUGCUGCUGGCCCGCGGUGGGCGCCCCGCACCUCAGCCGCUGUGUCCCGCCAUCCGAGUGCCCGGGCCCAGCACGCCCCGCGCCGUGGGGCCCCCAACACCAAGCCCCGUCCGCUAACGGGCACCGCGCCCCGCCCCACCGCCCCGGAACCGCUUCUCCGGGAGACCCGGAACUGGCGGCGGCGGCGGGGUCUGUGCGGGGCGGUGAGCGGCGGCCGGCGCGAUGUUUGUAACGGCGGCGGCCUUGGCCAAGAGCAAAUCUAAAUACAUCCUGGUGAGGAUGAAAAGUGCAGCUGAGACGGGCUACUGUUUCAACGUCAGGAGGCUCCGGCUGCAGGAAAAACUGGUGCUGUUCAAGUACGAUCCCAUUGCAAAACAACGUGUCCUCUUCACAGAGAAGAGAAAAAUCCGCUCAAUCUGAACAAUGACCGGAGUUGAUUUAUGCGAGAGGAGAGAUGGUCUGGGGGGAGGACGGGGUGAAUGCUGAUUCAGAAAUCCAGCAACAUGGACUGAAAAGAGAGGAAAUGAACUGGGAUCACCGUCUCCUGUGAUUUGAAGGCCAUUGUGAAUAAAACAAUGUAGAGAGAGAAAAUUCUUAAUGUCUGGACAUAGAUCAUCAGAGUAACAUUUAUUUAUCUUUUGAGUUAUUUUUACAGUACUCAAUUAAAAAAAAAAUUAAAUAGCAAA